AUGCCAGCAAUGUCAACAAGCGACCUGGGCCUCAAUGAAGCCGCAAGUAACAGACCCUCCCAGACGGAGAAUUCCCCAUUGAGGGCACUCCCUGCGUCUUGGUAUACAUCUCCUGAGAUGUUCGAGCUCGAGCGACGAGCUAUUUUCUCUCGCAAGUGGCUCCUGACCAGUCAUACUUUGCGCUUCUCCAAAACCGGUGAUUGGCUACGAUACGAUAUCGCUGGCUUCAGCUUCAUUCUGGUGCGCGAUAAGGAAGGUGCCGUUAAUGCAUUCCACAAUGUCUGUCGCCAUCGUGCGUUCCCCGUUGUCACAGAGGAUGGAGGCACUUCACGAAUCUUCUCUUGUAAAUAUCACGGCUGGUCAUACGGAUUGAAUGGGAAGCUCGCCAAGGCACCGGGCUAUCAGGAUCUUGAUGGCUUCGACAAGAGCAAGAACGGCCUCCUCCCGAUCCAUGUUCAUACCGAUACCAAUGGGUUCAUUUGGGUAAACUUGGAUGGCGCCGAACAGCCCGAGAUUUCCUGGGAAGAGGAUUUCAAAGGGAUCGACCUGCAAUCGCGAUUCGAGGAUUUUAAUUUCGAGGAUUAUACAUUCGACCAUACCUGGGAGAUGAAUGGCGACUACAACUGGAAGAUCCUGGCCGACAACUAUAACGAAUGCUACCACUGCCAGACGGCUCACCCCGACGUUCCCUCAGUGGCUGAUUUGAGCUCCUACUCCGUCGAUACUCAGAAAUGCAGUAUCAUUCACGACCCAAACACCACGCCGGAGCAGAUCGCGCAAGGUUUAAAGAUUGCCAGCACCUACUACUUCCCCAAUGCCUCAAUGACAGUAUCGCCAAACUUCUUCUUCAUGCAACGAUUUGUACCAACUUCGGCUACCAGCUGCUCCAUGCGAUAUGAAGAUUUCAACAAGGUCAACUCCAUGUUCAAGCGCAUCAUGUCCGAAGACAAGGCCCUCUGCGAGAAUGCCCAGAAGAAUCUCAACAGUGGGGUAUUUGUCAGUGGCGAGCUGCAUCCUCGCCUCGAGAAGGGACCUCUUUACUUCCAGAAUGUGGUUAGGGACCUUGUGACCGAGUUCCACAAGCGGGAGGAGGAAGCAGGUCAUGAGAUCUGGCCUUCGCGGCAAACACUGCCAUCCGAGGCUAAGACAAGCCAGGAUGAUAUUGAUUUCUGCUCUAAGCUGCAGAGUAAAAGCCAAGCCAAUGGAGAUUGCUCAACUCAAGUUGGUGGCUGUUGCGGCGGUGUGGCAUGCCAGUCUGGCAACCCGGCGUUAGCCUAUUGA